AUGGGCCUCCCAAUGGAUCCUAACCUCGCUGAAAUCCAUGUCCCCAGCGGCCCCACAUCCAUUCGCCAGGCAGAAUCAUUUGACGGCCUUACCCUACAACAACUAAUCUCCCGGAAGGAUGACCUUGAAGCAGAGCUGAAAGCCUUAGGCGCUGUCCUGGACAGCCAUGGAGUUACCAUGGACACGAGUCUUACCACAUUUGAUGGCUAUCCUAGAUCAGAUAUAGACGUGGCACAAGUUCGAGUUACCAGAGCACGCAUCAUCGCCCUUCGCAACGACUGGAAAGCGCUGAUGGACAAGAUUGAGAAAGGUCUUCAUGAACACCACGCUAAGUACCAGGCGUCAGAUGCAUACAAGAACUCUCUGGCUCAACCGCAACCCGAAUCUGCUCCUUCUUCCUCACAGACGCCCGCCAUUCCCGAGACACCUUUUGCGAAAGUCAGCAGUGUCGAGCCUGGCAGUCCCGCAAACGAGGCUGGCCUCAAGGCCGGAGAUCUGAUAAGACGAUUCGGGAGUGUGAUCUGGUCAAACCAUGAAAGACUACGCAAAGUCGGAGAAGCCGUGAGCCAGAACUUGGGUCGGCCGAUCUUGGUCAAAGUUGCUCGAGGAAACGGCCCUCAAGCGCAAGAGUUGGACCUGAGAGUUACCCCGAGAGGAAAUUGGGGAGGAAGAGGCACCUUGGGAUGUCACAUUGUUCCAGUAUGA